AACACUUGCGGCUUAUAACGUUUUUUUCCCUUCUUGCUGUCGCCAACACUUAUCAAACUUUGGAGUUGUCAAUAAAUCUUAAAAGGAAAUGGGGGUAUCAAAUAAAGGAAUGGAUGAUUUCUUUGCUAAUAUGCCCAAUCCUGACGCCAUCUUUCAAUCAUGGUGGCCUUUUAUUAUUGCCGGUUUAGUUGGAACAAUUUACGGAUUUCGGUAAGUCAAUUAAUUGAAUUUGAAUUAAUUAUAAACCUGCCCCAACUCCAACCCCCUCUUUCCCACCUCCCGUAUGUUGUACAAGUGAAUUGUCACUAAUGCGACCACGCCCCAUAAAUUGUAUCACACUCCCCCGCCUAUCUUUAAAGGCUAGUAGUGACCAUUUUGAACUACUAUAAUUUAUAUUUAUUAUUAUAUUUAUAUAAAAACUAUAAAUUUAUAAAUACUAAUAAUAGUAUACUUUAUAUUAUUAUUAUUUUGAAAUUACAAUAGACUAUACUUAUGUUAGUAUUAUUAUUAUUCAAUUGAAUCUUUAUCAUCAUUAUUCAUUAUAUAAACUUAACUUAGACUAGGCCAAGGCAGUUGCAUAGUAUUAUAGUAUUUAUAGCCUUUGUUUAAGUUUAAGCUUUUAAAUUUAAGUGUGUCCUUAAGCAGGCCAAAGCUCUAAAAAUUUUUAAAGUAAAGCUCUUUAAAGUCAUGUAAACAAAAAGAAUUUGACUAUUACAAACACUAUUAAUAUAAUUAAUUGUCAUAUUAAUAUUACAUUAUUAAUUAUUAUUAUAUCUAAUUAUUGAGUAUAGUAUAGUGUCAGUGUAUUAACAUUGUUGUAUUAUUAUCAAGUAUAAUCUAAAUUCUAAUCAACCAAGUCUAAUCACACAUACCAUGCUGUGACUUAAUAUUCCAUCUCUCCUUCUUAAUAUUCUUCUUAGUAAUCUUAGCCUAGUUAAUAUAGGACUUGCCCUUUGAGGCUUCAAACUUCAAUGCCACUUUGCCAUUGGGUUUUGGGAUGUAUCGAUUCAAAAUAUAAAUCAUUGUUCAUUAAAAUGGUUAAUGGGUAGGAUUUUGUAACUGAAACUCUUUGCAUUGUGGUCAUAGUUAUGAGUGCAUGUUUGAGACACUAAAGUUAAAGGGAGGCAUGAAAUGAAUCAUAUAUACACCAGUAUAAAUUUGUCAUUCAUUGGUGUCUCCAGUCAGCUUUUUUCCCAGGUGUUGAUUUCAAUUUUUUUUAAAAUUUGUUCUUGUUUAGAGGUUUAGUUAUUCGCUAUUCUGUUGAAAAAUGCAUAGUCCUGAGUAAAGCUUUGUAAUAUUCUGUAGCCCUACUCUGUAUCUUUUGACUUUGACCUAUGGUAAAUAGUAAUGCAUUUCAUUGACUAAGGAAUUAAACAUUUGUCCCUUUGUAUAUGUUCAAGCAAACUGGACUGUAAGGAUUUGAAGUUAGAAAAUUAGUGCAUUGUUAUGUUGUAAUUAUUUCUAGGCAAUGGAUAAGAGGUCCUAAAUGUAUUGGAGGAGCAAGACUCAAAGACAAGACUGUGAUUGUUACAGGUGCAAAUGGGUGCAUCGGCAAAGAGAUAGCUCUUCAACUGGCCAAUAGAGGUUUGCAUGUGUUUUUGUGGAAACAUGCUUGAUUAUUUCAUAUAAUUAUUACCAUAACACAGGGUUUUUUAACUAGGGGUGUGGGAGACAGUGUCAGAGGGUUCUGGAAGACUCAGAAAAUAGGUUUAUUUGCUUUUUUAUUUACAUUUUUAGUGUGGGGGGGUGCAGGAAAUAUGUUUUGAAAUCAAUAUGGCUAUGGAGUCGCUAGAAAUGUUUUGAAAUCAUAAGGGGGUGGUUGCUUCACAAAAGGAUAAUAACCCUUGCCAUAACAUGUCCAUAAUCCAGGUUUUUACUACCACUCUAAAUUGCUUUAUGCUCACUAAUGUUUAAAAAACAACCAGUCUCAUUUAUUUUAACCUCUAAAAAUAAAUGAAACAUUUUUCUUAGGUGGGAAAAUUAUCAUGGCCUGUAGAGAUGAAACUGAAGGCAAGAAAGCAGCAGAAUUCGUUCGUAAAGAAACUGAGAACAUGGAUGUUUAUUUUAUGAAGUUGGACCUGAACUCUUUUAAAUCAAUAAGAGCAUUUGUGGACAGGUUUAAAAAAAGUGUGUUUGCAUUUAUUUAUUAAAAUAUCCUUGCACCUUCAUUUUUAUUUGUUAAUUUUAUAUAAUUUAAAAUCAUUGAAAUAUUUUUUUUCUAUUUGCUUGUUAUAUAGAGAAAUAAGAAUCACUUUAAAAAAUUUGGAUGUACGUUUUUUGAUACAAUCAUUAUUAGUUCAAUUCAUUGACAGCGUAAAGCUCAAAGCUGUUUCUCUUUACUUGUUUAAAACUUUUGUUCAUGCUUGGUUAAUAAAGUUAAUCGUUACAUUAUUUAAAACUUUUUUCUUUUUUUUCCGCAGAAGAGAAACAUUUGCAUAUCCUUAUUAAUAAUGCUGGAGUGAUGAUGUGUCCUGAAGAAAAGACAGAGGAUGGCUUUGAUUCACAAUUUCAAACUAACUACUUGGGUGAGUUUGAUGACAAAUUUAGGUUGUGGUAUAAGUAUAAGCUUUCAAUGCAUCUUAUUGCAUAUAGAUCAGAUAAGAGGUAUGAAUACAUUUUGACAAGUGUCCAAAAUGCAUUAAAUAUCCUAUUAAAUUUUUAUUUUAACUUACAAUAAUUAUAAUUUAUGUUUAGGCACAGAAAAUUGUUUAUAAAUCCAUUUAUUGGGACAUUGUUCUUCCUAUUUCAAUUAAUUAAAAUGUUUGUAUAUAGUUUGUCCUAAUUAGCUCCCUUGAAAUUAAACAAAAUUUUUCCUUUCAAACCAAAAAUGGAAUACCGCAUAUACUUGUGUAUAAGUCGAGAAAUUUUGGUCACAAGCUUCAUUUUUAAACGCAGAAUUAAAUUAUCCACAGACCUUUGCUAGUUUCGAUAGAAUUUUUUACAUUGAAUUCGAGGAAAUGUCCAGUUACCGGUAGUGCUAGUAUUCUUACCAGUAGCUGUACUUUGACCCAGAUACUGGGUAUACACAGAGAGAAAAACAGCUGUUAAGGCUUGACUGAUAUUUGAGACCAAGCCACAUGUGUCAUUGCUUACUGCUGAGUCCAUCAGCCUCUAUCAUGAGGAGGAGAGAGGGCACUGAUAUAAUUUACGAGGAUGUCACUUGAUACCACAGACUGCAAGAGAGUUUAGGUCUAAUGACAGUGGCCAUAGUUAAGUAUACAGUGGAGCGAUUGCUGCCAGGUAAAAUCUGACAAAAUUCUAUAAAUCACAGAAUUUCAUAGCCAAAGACCUACCCUUUACACCAGUCAUAGCAUAUUUCAUAAUUGUUGUUAAAAAAAGCUGCCCUCGACUUAUAGAUGACAUAAACUUAUAGAGUAUAUACGGUACCGGUAGUAGAAUAUGAUGGUCCACCUAAUGAUAAGUGAUUUGAAGUCUUUCAAUUAGAAGUUGCGUCUUUUUUCAUUUCUGCCUCAAAUUAACAUAAGAAACAUAAUUUUAAAAUGUAGUAAUGAGCUUUGUUUUUCUUGUAAUUAAAUCUCAUUAUCUUGAUCCAUUAAUGUUUAUGAACUUUGUUAGAAUACUCUUCUUACAGGCCCGUUCCUACUUACGGAAUUGCUGCUAGAUAUGUUGAAAGGGUCAGCACCUAGCCGUAUAAUCAACACAACAGCAUCAGCACAAAAUCUGGGAGAUAUUCAUUUUGAAGACAUAAAUCUGGAGAGCACUGAACACACUCUUGGAGACUUAUAUGCCCAGAGCAAACUUGCUGUUGUCUUACAUACAUUUCAGCUGGCUGAAAGAUUAAAAGGUUUGCAUCUGAUAAAAUCCCAAAUUUUUUAAUGAUAUACAUAAAUCUAAAAGUGGUCUUUAUGGGGGGGGGGCUACUCAAUUAACUAAAAUAUUUAAAGAUGACAUCCCUCUUUUGAGCCUCAUGUUGUAACACUGCCAUACAAAUUAAUUCAAUACAUUAAUAAAACAUCGCAUUGAUAAUAAUAGGUGACUUCUAAUUUCUACAGAGCUUAUAGAAAUUUUGUAUUUUCAUAGGAAUUGUAAUGAACUCUUGAGAUAGAACGUACCUUUCCAAUUUUACAGAUAAUUACAGAUAAAAUAUUUUGCAUGAAACUGAGUUUUUAAGAAAUGAUUUUUUUUAAAACAGCAUAACUUUUGACAAAGUCUCCAAAGUGUCCUUUAUUUGAAAUCCCUGGUAGCCUUAAUAGUGAGAAACUAAUCUAAGCUCUCAAUAUCUAGCCUGGCCUAUGCAUAAAACAGAUCUGUUUACUCUUAAACUUUUGGCGUAAAAUUUACGAUUUUUAGAUGCAUUUUACGAUGUACAGACCUACGAUUUUAAAAGACCAGGUUAAAAUAAUAUAUUCCUUAGUUUUCAGAAUUAAAAAAAUAAAGUAAAACAGUUUUGUCUAAUGUUAGAUUUAGCUCUUUUCGUAUUGACAGAGAAAUGCGAUUGGUUUGGGACCAUCCAUAAUUAUAUUACUGAGAGGGGAAAGGGGAUUAAUGUUGACUUGGUGUGCAUAGUAGGGGUGGUGUCUAAAUAUUUUUAAAGGCAAUAAAAUAACGCCACAGGUUUCGUAAUGAUUGUGAUUAGGUUGCUUUGUGUUUUCAAAUGAACUCACUAGUUACAACAGUAAUAUUUAAGGUAUUCACUCUAGUGACAGAGUUUGUAAACAUCCAUAUUUUUUUGCUACGGUGCUGUAUGAUGUACUUUUGUGAUUUAAGUAUUUAGUUCUUUGGCUAUUGUCAAAAUUGAGAAAACUAUGUUAUUAUUUAAAAUGCAUUCUCAACCGCUCCACUUGGCAGCAUUAGAUUUUGACAUGUUUUAUUUUUAUAAGAUGUAGUAAGUGACAUUUGAAAUCUAUUUUUAGAAGUCAAUAAGCAGCUGUACAAUUUUAACAUACCAGCACUCUUCUCCUCUUCACCUCUCACAAUACAGUAAAAUAUAACAGAAAUAUAACAGAAAAUAAAAUCAGACUUCUAGACUUAAUGAUAAUGCAGGGGUGGGCAACCUGCGGCCUGCCACAUUAAGCAUUGUUAACAUGUGCACCUAUUUCUUGAUUCAAUUAGCGCUUAAUUUCAUUUUUGGCAGAAAAGCACAUUUGUAUUAUACAUACAUAACUAUUUUGUGAUGGUGCACUCCAUUUCGGUACACUUAUCCCUUUUUUUAACUGAUUAAACAAAAAUAUUUUGAAAUAAGUAAUAAAUUAUAAAAGAAUUUCACUAUUUAGUAACUACUAAAAAAAAUAUGAUUUAUAUAAAUACAGCUUGGUGUGGGGAACCUAAUGUCUUACAAGUAUAAUGAUGAAGUGUAGAAAAAUGAAAACUAUAUUCAGGUACGGUAUAGCAAAGGUACAUCCAUGCAUUUUGAAUUUAUUUUUAAAAGGAGGUUCAGCCUCCUCCCCAAACUCCACCCGCCACUUUUGCUUGGGUGUCCUCAAUAUCCGUUCCCCCACAAAAUUUUUGUCUAUCAAAGUGUCAAAUGAAGGGCACCUUUUUAUUUGCAAUAAUUUACAAUGCACUGUAUAUAACUUUGACUAUUACAAUCUGGUACCAUACAAUUUUGAGGUGGUAAAGUACUAUUCUGAGACUACAUUGUACUAUUUUGUGUGUUCCAGUGUAACCAGCUCCAAUAAAAGUACUCAUUUUCUUUACUUCAGAUACCAAAGUAACCAGUAAUGUAGUGAAUCCUGGAAUUUGUAAUUCUGACAUCUACCGUCACCUCCCACUGAAAUCAAAAAAGUUCAUCCGUGUUAGUUUUGCACCAUUUAUGUGGUUUUUGAUGAAGUACCCCGAAGAUGGAGCUCAGAUCAGCAUUUAUUUAGCCACUGCUGAAGAGUUGGGUGAAACCACAGGCAAACAUUUUAAGUAAGUUUUAUUAUUCAGUUUGAACAGUAAGAGGCAAGCAAGAAAUUCAAAGGGUAGCAGCUUUCCAAAUAACCUCAUAUUUUAUCAAUAAUUUAGAGAAGUUAUUAAAAUUUAAAAAUUACUAGCAACAUUAUACUUAAGAGGACUGUAUAAAAAGGAAGAUGCAAAAUUUUUAUUAAAAAAUGUACCUGUUCUAAUGUAUUGGGCCACGAAUUCACAAUUUAGACAAGGUUUUUAUUAUUCUAAAUAUUUUUUGCUUGUUUCCCUUCUCAAUUAAUUUCAAUUAAAUCAUUUAUAAAGAAGUUGCCAGUUGUGAACAAAAAACAUCAAGAUAAUAUAAUAUAUUAGUAUUAGUUUCUAGAAUAUUAUAUAUAUAUAUAAGUGAAUGUUUGUGGCUUUGUUUGUUCCACAAAGGCUUUUACAUGGAUUUCGCGCAAUACGUCACAAAAUAUCAAACAUUUAAUAACAACAUCUACCCAAAUACUCUCUAAACAACAUGCAAUCACACAAUACAUUCAAGUCCUUAACAGAUGGAUCUUGACCAAACUUAGUACACAUACACUUGAUCAUCCAUAUUCAAAUACCGAAGGGUAUAUCCAUUUCUCUGGGGCCGGGGGCGGGGGGCCCCACUUCAUUUUUCCUUAUAUAAGCUAUAUAAAUAUCAAUAGGCUUAAAAUUCCUACAUGAAUGGAUGGAUCUUGACCAAACUUAGUACACAUACACUUUAUUAUUCAUUUUCUUAUACGGACGGGUAUUGAACUCAUAAUAUCCAUGUUUUUCUUAUAUAAGCGAUAUAAAUAUCAAUAGGCUUAGACAACAAAAUAGUUUCUAUGUGAAUUGAUGGAUAUAGGCCUAGCGUUGUAGCAAUACCCUUCAUUGUCCAUACUGAAAUAUCAGUGGAUUUAAAACUAAUAAUAUCCAAUCCAUGCAAGGCCCAUCUAGAAUUUUCUAGAAAGUUUGAUAAUUUAAAAAAAAGCUAUAUCUAUGGCAUUUUUAAACCGAUUUUAAUGGGACAAAUGUUAAAUAUUAACUCUAUAAUUUAUCUCAAGGAUUUUUAUAGCCCCCCCCCCCUCUCAGACAUAACUAAAAGGUAUUUUAUUAAAUGGGCCCCCACCUGGGCCCCCUGUUUAAUUUAAAUGUACUAUAGUUAUAGUUGUGCAAUUUAGUUGUAUAAUAUUUUGCAUUCGAGAAAAAGAUACAUAGAAAAUAAUUCUUUACCCGUUUUUAAUGGAGGAUAUUAAAUUUAAUCUAGAAUGUUCCAGAAGGUUCUUUAAUCUUCGACGGAGAUAUAUAAAGGGAUUUAAAAGCUUAUUUGAACAAAAUCGCACUGAGCAUGAUCCCUUUGAGGAACAGGACCCUUAUGGGGAAAGAGAUCCAACAGUAAACUGGAACCCAUCAGUAAAGCGAUCCCCUCGGGUAACAGGAUCAAACCAGGAUCGGGAUCCUAUCGGGAAAAGGGAUAACAUCAGAAUGGGAUUGGAGUCCCAUUGGGAUUGGGGUCUUACCAGGAUCGGGGUCCUAAUGCACGCCGGGUAUAUCGGCUAGUAAAUAAUAAACUAUAGUUCAGUCAUAAGUCUUAUAGAUAUCAAAAUAAUUUAAAAUUACUUUUACAAAUAUCUACAGGGACUCUAAAGAACAACCACUCUCUGGCAAGUGUCAAGAGAAAGUUCUACAGGAGCAGUUGUAUCGGGCAUCGCUCAAGUGGAUCAAAUCAGCGGUAGAAAGCCCUGAGGGACAGAUAGGGUAUAAAGGGGACAGUGUGGAGGAGAUCAAAUCAAAACAGCCGGAAAUGAAAGAAAGAGAAGGGUCUGCCAAAAUGGAGAGAGUUAGAGUGAAAUGAUAAAAAUACUUUUCUUUCCAGUUUCCAAUUCCAUGUUAAAUUGUCCUGCAUGUUUGAAGUUAAUUGUGUAGUUUGGAGUUUUAGAAAAUCAGUAUUCAAUUACUUCAAUUUGAAUUACUUGUUUUAAGGCCAAUGAAAACGAAAGGCUGGAUGUAAAUUUGUUGCAUGACAAUUAAAAAUGGUAAAAGUAAUAGAAAAGAAAAGCAUCUGUUGGAUCUGAGUGGAAAGAAGUGGUGAGUUGGGCCAAAGCCUUAGAUUGGGCUGUAGUGCCACAGGGAUGGAAUAAUAAUAGGUUUGACAUUAAUUACAACAAAAAAAUUAUUAAUUCCAAAUGUAUCUCAUAACUCGGAGACCUUUUUUAAAAAAAACUUCUGCAGUUUCGUAUGACCUUUUUUAAAAAAACUUCUGCAGUUUCGUAUGACCUUUUCACUGUUUAUAACCAGUAUUAUUAAAUAACAAAAGACAUAAUGGAAAUUAUCCUAAUAGGUCUAAUAUUGAUUAAAUUAAUCUAAGAUAAUCUGUUAAAUAUAUCCACGUGGUUGGUCACCAAACAUCUAUUGUGAUUUGGGGGUAUUUACACCCUUAUUGACAUCAUUUAUAAUACAGUGGUCAAAUUUUCAUUAUCAAAGGGAGACAUAUUUUGUUUGACAUUUGUUGAAACCUCUGUUACACUCUCUGUUAAAAAACUUUCACUUUCAAAUUAUUCCACAAAUGUCUUUAUCAUUUACUGCCAUAUUAAUUGUUAUACUAUAUCAAUACAUAUAUAUUGUAUUUUCAUAAACUGAAGGCAUUUCAUUUGGGGAUAGAUAAGACUGACAUUCCCAUUUCAUAAUAAAAUUGUUAUUAGAUGCCCAUUUUAUGUUUAAUGAGAAAUAACUGUAUGUUAUGUAAGCUAUAUUAAUUUGUAGUUUUUAAACACUGUAAGAAACUGGGAAAAAUUUUAAUCGCUUGAUGACUGCUGAUGCUGCUACUCCACUUUAUGUAUAUUAUAUAUCAAUCAAUGUGCAUAUUCUAUUUAUAUUGCCACAGGUAUUUCUCUACCUAAGAAUGAUUUCCGUUCAUAGCGAUCAUUCUUAAAUGUUUUUUUAUCAUUAUUGUUCAGAAUGCACUAAUUACAUUAUGCUGUUAGCCACAUUUGAUACAAUGUAUCAAAUAAUGAACAUGAAGGUUUUAUUUUAAUGAUACGUACGAGCACAAGAUAAAGUUUAAAUAAUGCUUUAAUGUUCAAUUUCCGCGCAAACAAGCAAGGUAUUAACUUAUUCUACAGCGUAACAAUUGGAAGCCUAUUAACUUCAGUAUUACCUGCUGAUGUGGACAUUCAUAAUCUGACAUCAAUCACCAAUUAAAUAGACUAAUCAAGAAAGCUAGUAAUAUAACACAAACUAAACACCCUUCACUUGAAGAACUAUUUGAAGAAAAGUGCUGUAAAACUAAAAAAAAUGUAAGGAUAUAUUCCGCUCACUUCACACAAGAAAUUAAGCAGCUAGAUCAGGGUGAAUUCUCUCUCUUACUUACAGUUAGGACAGAAAGGAAUAAAAAUUAUUUUGUUUCACAGUCUGUGAGAUUUACCACAUUGCUCCCCCAGGGAUUACCAAAUCUAAAUUAUCACUAAUUAAGUCAAUAUUGUCACUAAAGGAGUUCAGUUAUGGCUGAUUUCUUGGCAAGACAAUUACUUUAGAGUCUUGUGUUUAAAUUGUUAUAAUUGUAACAUGUUGUCUGGGUUAAAAAUAAGUAUUUAUUUAUAUGCUGAAAAUGAAUAUUUACAAUGUAAUAAAAAAAACAUUUUCAUUCAUUUGGAUUAAUUAAGAAUCUUAUCUUUAAAAGUAAAUUUUUAAUAGAAAACAUGUACAGAAUUUUACUAUAAAUGAAUCAAAUCUUUAAAUUAUGUUGUUAGUUGAAGCAAAUGUACGUAAAUUGAAGUUCCGUUAAUUGACAACUGCCUGUAUCAAUAACUACCUGUAUCUUUGAUCUUAAUACAACAAUAAUUGAAAACUAAAUAAAUUUUACUCAAAUUUUUAGAACAGAGGAGGCACUUACUAUUUCAAUCUUUGUCUCCACACAAUUGAUCAUACUGGGGCAUUGAUAGUUCUUUAGUAGCAUCCAAUUGAUAUAAAGCAUUUAUCUCUUACCAUAUGCUACUCUUAUAUAAUAUAACAUCUCAUUUUAAACAAAAAUCCCUAAUAAUGAAAUAAUGAAUGAAUAUUUUGAUUUUUAAUUGGGCAUAUAAUUUAUUUCUUAUAAAGCACAGAGAAAGCUUUUACUGUCAAUAAAAUAUUGCUUCAACGCAGUGUCAUUAGAUAUCUAGAUCACUUUAAAAAUAGAGGUAAUUUGGUGCCAGACAUUUCACUUAGAUCUAAAGAAUGGUGCUGCAUGAACACAAUUUAAUUGUGGGCUGGCUUUAGUACCCUGCCAAAAUUGACUCUUAUUAAAGUAGCUGAACACUGCCAUAUUUUUUAGGCCAUUUUUGGUUUUGUGUCCCCUUCAUUCAAAGUUUACAGUUAAAGAUUUUUUUCAUAUCACAACUUUGGGCCCCUUAAAUAUCUUAUGCCCUCUGCAGCUGUCACACGACAGCUCUGCUAAACACUCAGAUCUAACAUAAGCUAAUUAUGACAUCUGAAACGUCAAAAAUAAACGUUUUUACAAAUUGUAUCCAUUAAAUUCUCUUUUUAUAAUUGGAAAGCCUAACAUCUCACCUUUAACUUAUAAUUUUUUUAAUGUAGCAUGAAUAUCUUAUAAUAUAUGAUCACAAUAAAUUGUACUUUGUUCCUAAAAUUUACUUCUGAUUUAUAUAAACAAAAAGUUUUAAAUAUAAAUUUGUAUAUCUUGAAGGGACUGCAGCACAAGCUUUUAGAAUCAUCAAACCCAUGUGCAUCCCAAUGCACAUAAGAGAUGUCGUAUGUUUACUGGCUUGUACAAAUUAAUGUAUUUCUCAUCAGUACUUAUUUCAUAUUUAUGUCAAAAAGGACCAUUCUUUAAUACAAUAUUUGUCAUGCUGACUGUUAAAAGUGGAAUGUUUUAGUGUUAGUGAUCUUUGGAAUAGACCAGUAUGUUGUAGCUGAAUGCCCCUGUAGUAAACAAAUAUUUAAAAUUUUAUUUAUUCAAGUCUAUGUGCAUCCAAGAAUUUUUAUUUAUAGUCCAGAAUAUAUUUAUUGACUAUGUUACAUGUUCAGAUUAACACAUCAAUGCUAAAAUGUAUAGUUCGGUGUGUCUACACAUUGCUUUUGAUCAAGACCUCACCUAAUCGAUGAACAAAAAUAUUAUAAUGUAAAUAUUCAUUGGCUUCUAUGAUUUCCUUCAACCCAUCCAGAUUAAUCAUUGAUAGAGAAAUAUAUCUAGUCUCUCAAAAUAUUUAUUCUUUUUGAAUGUCAGUUCCUAUUCUUGUUGUUAGUAAUUCUAUUAUCAUCGCAAUAACUGUACCGAUAUGUAAGUUUGUGAGUACUGGAUAAUUGAAUUUAAUCAUGCAAUUUAUACAUAGGCUGCAAUUAUUCCUGAUCUGAUAUGAUUUAAAUGUUUUGGAAAUUUAUUGUCAAAUAUAAUUAAAAUUGCAAGCAUAUUUUGUUCCAUUAUUUAUUUAAUUUUUUUAGUAUUUCAUUAAAGUUAAAGUGUUAUUUGACCAUGUUAGUCAAAAUAAUUAUUUAAUUCACCAUCACUAGAUGUUUAUCCAUUUAAGCCAGCACCACCUAUCAUGGCCUAUUUUGGGCCAGUAUCAAUGACAUCUAAUUUAUCUUGUUUACAAAAAAAACAAAACAACUUUCAUUAUGAUUAUGAUCCUGAAAAAUAAAACAAC